CACAGAAAAGUGUUGAGAGAGCCGAUUUUUUUCUAUUUUGCUAUUUUCUCCCCACUCUUUCUUUAAAUUAAGAAUUCAAAAUGGCUUCUAGGCUUCUUGCUAACACCUUACAAGCUAAUGUUGGCUUAACCAAGCAGUUUGUCCGUCCUUUGGCUACCGCCGCCAAGCAAGCUGGUGCUACUCGCAUUACUAACUUGCCCAACGGUCUUACUGUUGCUACCGACGAAAAUGCCUCUUCUGGAGCAGCUACUGUUGGUGUUUGGAUCGAAGCCGGUUCUCGCCAUGAAUCUGCCAAGGCCAAUGGUGCUGCCAACUUUUUGGAACACGUUGCUCUUCAGGAUCAAGUCGCCAAAUUCGAGAAAGUUGGUGGCGUCCUCAACGCCCAAACUGGCCGUGAACAAACUUACUAUGCAGCCAAGACCUUAGGAGCCAACGUAAAGGAGUCUGUUCAAAUUCUUGCUGACCUUAUUCAAAACACCAAGAUUGAUUCCACCACUGUUGAUAAGCACCGCUCAGCUGUUUUGAAGCAACAAGAAGAUGCCCAAAACAAUUUUGAAGCUGUCGUUUUCGAUCACUUACACGCCACCGCCUUCCAAGGAGAAUCUCUGGGACGUCCUGUCGAAGGUAUCAAGGAAACCGUUGAACAAUUGACAGCCGAUGAUUUAUCUGCCUUCUACAAGCAAUAUUACACUGCCGACCGUAUGGUCCUUGUCGGUUCUGGUGCUGUUGACCAUGAAGCUCUUGUUCGUUAUGCUGAAGAGAACUUCAAGAGUCUUGCUGGUUCUGCUUCCAAUGUUGCUACUGCCAAGCCUGCAUUCACUGGCUCAGAAAUUCGCCUCCGUGAUGAUGUCUUACCUCAAGCUCGCAUUGCCCUUGCCGUUGAAGGUGCUCCUUACCUCUCUGAAGACUACUUCCACUUGCUUGUUAUGCAAGCCAUCAUUGGUGCUUGGGACAAGAACUUGAAUGGUGCUUCUUUCCUUUCUUCUAAAUUAUCCAACAUCACAAGCGAAAACAAGCUCGCCAAUGCCUUUGCCUCAUUUACCAAGGGAUACAAGGAUACCGGUUUAUGGGGAAUGUACGUAGAAACUGAAAACAGAGCCCAAAUUGAUGAUUUCGUCCACUUCCUUCAAAAGGAAUGGAACCGUCUUUCUACAUCUGUUACUGCUUCUGAAGUUGAACGUGCAAAGCAACAAGUUAAGGGUAGCUUAUUAUUGAGCCUCGAUUCCACCUGCGCUGUUGCACAAGAUAUUGGUUCCCAAGUUCUUGCUUCCGGAAAGCACUUGAGUGCUGACGAAUUAAAGGCUACUAUCAAUAAGAUCAGCGUAAACGAUAUUCGCAAGUCUGCUUAUAAAUACAUCUGGGACCAAGAAAUUGCCGUUGUUGGUCACGGUCCCUGUGAAGGCUUAACUGAUUACAACAGAGUUCGUGGUAACAUGGCGUACAACAGAUUCUAAAUGAUUAUACUUUUGAUUAAUAAAACUCAAAAAAAUGACACUAUUUUGUAGAAUGGAAAGCGAUUGACCCUUUAAACC